UUUCAUUUGUUGCAUGUCGUGCACAAUGUAGUAUUUGUCGUUCUUGCGUGUAGUCGUAAAUGCCAUGUCAUGGUUAGAGCUGGCUGAUGUCCAGACGAAUGUCUAGGUUGUUUAAAACGUCAUACAUCAAGUUAUCAUUCAUUAUGUUCAGGUAUGGUUUUGCUCAAUAUAUAUAUAUGCUGCGAUUUUCUUUUAUUACUGGCAUAUCAUACAUUUUAAGGGUGACAGCUAUUUGCAUGAUGCUAAACGCUAAUCUUAAAGAUUAUUUAAAGAUGCACACAAUGUUUUACUAAGUUUACAAAGUUUUACUCAAGAAAGCAAUAGUAAUUUGAAUACAUAUUUAUAAAAUCAUGAGCACUCCCAUUAGAUGAAGACUCCACUCACAUCAGUAACCUUAUAAAAGCUCUCUUAUAUUACACUGAGAGGGGUCCCCUCAUGGGGGCUGCCAUGUUAGAAUCUAUGACCAGCCUAAUAUACUCGCUUAAUUUCAGUAAGUGCUGUGUUAUUGGACAUUUUCCCUCAUGCAUUAAAUUAAUCAUUGCUGACUUUAGUGAAGUUCUGUAAGGCCACUGGUAACUGAAAACGGUUGCGUUUGAAUAAUGCUGCAUCCAUGCAUCUACUGUAAGUGUCUGUUUUUAUUUUAUUUUUUGUCAUCUUGGAUUUGCACUAAGUGCACCUUAAAAUGGUUUACCCAUUAAUGAUUUUUCUCAUCAAUUACUCACCCUCAUGCCCUUCCAACUUGAACGACUUUCUUCUGCGGAGCACAAAUGAAGAUAUUUUGAGGAAUGUAUGAGAUGUCUUUGUUCAUACAAUAGACACUAAGAUCAUGGUUCAUCUGUCACCAUCUCGGACUCUAGAGACUAUGACUUCCUCAGAGUUGGCCGAGGAGAUGGACAGUGGGCAGGGCAGCCCUAAUACAGACUCUUCUCGAGCGCUCCCCGCCCUCCAGCUCGCCCUCAACUCCUCGACCACCUACUACGGCUAUGAGAAGUAUAUUGAGGAUGGCCUUAUCUGCCUUAAGCACAAGAUCCGCAACAUUGAGAAAAAGAAGCUGAAACUGGAGGGAUAUAAUGAGAGGCUGAAGAACGGCGAAACCCUAAAUCAAGACCAACUGGAAGCUGUGGGGAAAUACAAGGAGGUGGUCCACAAUCUUAAAUUUGCCCAAGAGCUGCAGAAGACCCUUGGUGACCUCACACAAGAUUUGCUGAAGGCUCAGCGGAAAGCAGUUCGUCAAGAGAAGUUGAAUAGGAUUGAGGCAGAGAAGAGACGUCUGAGCCUGAUGCUUCAGGUGCAGUAUGUCCUUCACAGUCUGCAGAGAGAGGAUGUCCAGAGGAAAUUUUGCAAUUCGAGACAACAUUCCCAUUACCUGUCCACACAGGACAUGGAGAACCUGCUUGAUCUGGCUUCAUUACUAGGAUGCAAAAGAGACCAUAAAAUGAGUUUGGACGAUCAGAUGGAACAGGCUGCUAUUGUUUACUGGGAGCUGAUGGAAGGGAAAGAAAAGACAGUUGCUGGCUCGACAUAUAAGCACAUGAAGGAUAAGCUUCUUCGACUAGUAGACUGUGGGUUCUUUGAUCACAUAUCACUUCCUCAAAAUGUUAGCCAGGAGAAGACAGAAAACCAAAAGUCUGACCCUUCAUCCAGGUCAUGUAGCCUUUCCACACUGGUGAAACUGAGCUCAAAAGAAGUGCCUUCAAAAGAGUUUCUUAACAGACGAUACCUAUCUGAAAUUGGUGUCAAGGAGUGUAGUCAGGAUGAGAAAACACCACAUCACAACUGGAAGGAUGAGUUUUUGGCAAUGAAGGAAAGGGAGCCACCGGACUCAUGGGAAAUGGAGUUUUCCGAUCCUCCAGUGUCUGCUCGGUCCCCCAUACAGAAGCCGUGGAAAGGGGUGGCAGGAUUGAUUCCAAAGACUCAAGAUCCCAUGAAGAGCCCCAUAACAGACCCUAAAGAGAGACGACAGAGGAAGAGCAAGGGGGAUCAUGACUCUAAAUCAAUGCUUGUGACAGUGGAAGUGUUCAGCUCUCCAUCUCGGUUACCUAAAGAUCCAGUUCAGCGCAAACAGCAGCUGGAGUCCCUGAUGGACCAGAUUUCUGGCUCCUUCAGCUUCAUGCAGGAGUCUCUUCUGGAUGGGGAAACGUCCCCUAGUAGCAUUCGAUCAAAGAGAUGCCGUCCGUCUCCUGGAUCCUCUACUCCCCUCGCACAAAGGGAAUUAACAAGAAGUCCAUCAGAUAUUCUGGCUCAGUCCCAACGUUCUACACCCUUACACAUCCUGCUCUCUGGAGAAGGGAAAGACUGUCUGUCAAAUGGAGAUCGUUCUAUGAAUGGCUCCGACCUUGAUCUACACCAUGAAGAUAAACCACAUAAGCAAGGUGAGGACUUCACCUCUCCACCUUUGUACCGAAGGGGAUCUUCAAUCUCACUCCCUCUAGAAAACCUGAGCCCUGUACAGGCAGAAAAGCAGAAGUUAUGCAAUGGAGCGUCAACCUCUGUAUCUGAGCUGACAUUUACAACCCCACCCAGUCACAGAUCCAUCAGUGUAGAAAACGGCUUCCACAACAUCCACUCUGUGUUUAAUGUGGCCUCUCUGCCCAUCAGUGAGAGUUCAGUGAUUAAGUCAGAUGAGAGUGGGUUCUCGGAGUCCAUGCAUCUCAGUUACACUUCAGCCAAAACCAGUUACUCCACCGCCAGCACCCAGACACCACCUGAACUCAACCUGCCUGAAGAUGACCUACAGAUUGAGGGCCAGUACCAGCUGGAGUGUCCUGUCAGUGCAGGUGGUCACACGUUCUCUGCCCCACAGCCACCGUCUCGUCUGGGUCAGACCUGCUACCCCCGCAGGACAGCGAGAGGUAUGACGCGUGCAGGCAGGGGUUUGAUUCACUCAAACAGAUCACCUGGUGGCUACAGAGGUGGUUAUGAGGCCUACAGAGUGAAUGUGCGCUCUCCAGAAGGGGGCUUCAUGUCCCAGACCCAUACGACUCACCGAGAUCCUGGAUCUGCCCUUUACGUGUCCAGAGAAAAUGGGUAUCAGCAGAACUUCAAACGAGGUGGAGUCACAGCAACACAAAGGAACAGUGUGAGCAGCCCGGACAGGGAGGGGGCAUAUCCACUCGACUCUGGAAUCAGCAACACACUCUCCAUCACACAAAUGGAAGUACCCAUGACCCCCCAGGGAGCACACACUCUGAUGCCCGUUCACAUGUACCCGCUCACCCAGCUCCGCGUGGCCUUCUCCGCUGCCCGCACUGCCAAUUUCGCCCCUGGCACUCUAGAUCAGCCAAUCGCCUUCGACCUAAUGCACACCAACCAUGGUGAAAUGUUCGACACAGCCACCGGCCGUUUCACCUGCCCUGCUGCGGGCACGUAUGUCUUCAUUUAUCACAUCCUAAAGCUGGCAAUCAGUGUGCCUCUGUACGUCAACCUUAUGCGCAAUGAAGAGGUGAUGGUGUCCGCGUAUGCCAAUGACGGAGCUCCAGACCAUGAGACCGCCAGUAACCAUGCAAUACUCCAGUUGUUCCAGGGAGACCAGGUGUGGCUGCGGCUGCAUCGUGGUGCCAUCUAUGGCAGCAGCUGGAAAUACAGCACCUUCUCUGGUUUCCUUCUGUACCAGGACUGAACAUGUAUCUCUUAUAUAGGCACACAAAAAAGAUGGGGCAUUUUGGAUCUAUUGAAGGCUGUAGUUAAUCUGCACUUAUUGCACUUUCGGUUACGUAUGGUGCAAUUGCAUGUUUAAACAUUCAUGUUCAUUAGUACAAAGUCCGUGUUAAGGUUAAUGUAAAAUCUUUGCUCUUGGAUGUUUACAUGGGUUUACCCAAAUCUCCCCCCCCCCCACCUUAUCCUUUUUUUUUUUUUUUUUUUUUUUUUGAUAUAUAUUUAGAAAGCUUUACUAUACAAGAUGCACACACUCAUUACCCGAAGGAGCUGUAUUGAGCGUACGCCAAAUUCGAAAAACCUUAACAUUCAGAAAUGACUGGCUUUGUUCCAGUGUUCACUACAUGACCCUGUAUGCUUAAUCAUUAUAUUUGAGAAAUGUUUCCCAGCCAUACAAAUGUCUGCAACUGGUGCCUUUUCCUUUUUUGGGGUAACAGAACACUUGCAUCGCUUUGCAAGAAUGGAUGAUUUUUUUUUUUUUCUGGUUAUACUUGAUACAUUGAGCACUUUAAAAAAUGGAUUUAGUGGCCUUGUUGGGGUUUGGGUAUGUACCUGUAAGUUUGUCUGUAUAUACUGCGAGUGUCCUCAUUCUGAAAAUCACUUGGAACGUUGACUCAAACGUUGAACUUGAACAUUGAUGCCAAAAUGGCUCUCUUGUGCCUGAAGAAUAAUAAUAAUAAAAAAAAA